CAUUUCGACAAUUUGAACUAUUUUUAAGUAUAAUGAGCAACAUGCGUCCACACCAGACUUGAGAUUUAACGGAGAUAGUGUCCUUCUUUUCUGAGUAUUUUGGACCGAAGAGGAGUUCUCCGACAUUAUUUAUUGUAUUGUUGACUUACUCGCUCGGUAGCUAGCUCCGUUAGCCAGAGAGCGUAUUGAACUAGUUAAAGCUAGCUCGGCCGCUAACGGCAGUGUCGCUCCUCUCGCUACCUUUCUGUUAGUCCCUUCUCUCGGGCACCAGCCGCCGGAACAGCCGUUCGGUGCCUCCACAAGUCCUCGGCAUGGCUGACAGCAGCAUACUGACUUUGGGGACAGCCCGGAGUCUGUUGGUGGACACUUCGGUCUAUGAUUCGAGGAUCGCAGAAACCACCAAGGACCAUUUAUUUCUGGGCAUGUCAUAUGACGACGGGGAAGAUAUGCUGCCAAAAGUGGAGACGAGGGUUGUUCUUGUGGGAGCAGCGGGCAGAAAUGGAGCACUGGUCAAAGCACUGCAGGCUAUCAGAAUAAUGGAGGUACCGGUGGUAAAGAUAAGACAAGGCGAGGCGGGCUCCGAGGAGAAAAUGAUGAUAAAAUCUAUAGUCAAUAUGGAAAUCAAUACCCCGUACAUAAUGACGGACAACGUCAAGGAGUUUGGAGAUGGAGAGAACACCGAUUUCGAGACGGUGUUUGUCCUCACCGACUUUGAUUCUCCCGACUACAACUACCUCUACAAACACGACAACCGCAUUGUGGGGCCUCCCGUCGUGCUGCACUGUGCUUCCAAGGAGGAAUCUCUCCAGUUCUCCUGUCGGCCUCUCUACUGCACCACAAUGCUCAACCUGUCGCUGUGUUUCACCGGCUUCAGGAACAAAGAGGAAGUGAAGAACUUGGUGAAUCUGGUUCAUCACAUGGGUGGAAUCAUCCGGAAAGACUUCUCCACCAAGGUUACUCAUCUCAUCGCUUACUCCACUCAUGGCGAGAAAUACAGGCUGGCAGUGUGCAUGGGGACGCCCAUUCUGACUCCAUCAUGGAUUCAUAAGGCUUGGGAGAGAAGAGAUGAAGUGCACUUUUACGCAGAAGAUGAGGAGUUUCGAACAGAGUUCAAAGUAUCUCCGCUCCAGGACUGCAUCCUCAGUUUUCUGGGGUUUUCAGAUGAAGAGAAGGCCAACAUGGAGGAGAGGACUCUCAAACACGGUGGCAGGUAUCUUGAGGUUGGAGAUGAGAGGUGUACACACAUGGUGGUGGAGGAAAACUCAGUAAAGGAGCUUCCAUUAUCUCCCAAGAAACUCUAUGUGGUCAAACAGGAGUGGUUCUGGGGCAGCAUUCAGAUGGACGCUCGAGCCGGAGAGUCCAUGUACUUCUAUGAGAUGAAUGACAGCCCAGCCAUGAAGAAGGCAGUUUCCCUCCUCUCCCUCACCACGCCCAACAGUAACCGCAAGCGUCGGCGUCUCAGGGACACGCUGGCUCAGUUCACCAGGGAGUCGGAGAUCUCCCCCUUCCCUCCGCCACGCAAAAGGCCGUCAGCAGAGCACGGCCUGUCCAACAGUUCUCUGCUGGACAUCUCUAAUACCCCUGACACAUGCAAGGCCUUGGCAGAGAGUUCAAAGCCGUCCAAGAGCUCCACUCCGGUUCUGUUCAAGCAGUCAGCCAGGUGGCAGGUCUCCAAGGAGCUCUACCAGACAGAGAGCAACUACGUGGGCAUUUUAAGCACCAUCCUACAGCUUUUCAUGCUUCCAUUGGAGAAAGAGGAGCAGGUGGGUGGAGCCAUCCUGGCCCAAGAAGAAUUGAAGACAAUUUUUGGCAGCAUCCAAGAAAUCUACGAGGUUCACACUAAGAUAAAGAGUAACCUUGAGGAGCUGCUGAGAGACUGGUCAGAGGACAGGAGUGUAGGAGCUAUCAUUCUCAAAUAUUCUAAGGAGCUGGUAAAAGCCUACCCUCCCUUCGUCAACUUCUUUGAAAUUGGCAAGGAGACCAUUGUCCGCUGUGAGAAACAAAAACCACGCUUCCAUGCUUUUCUCAAGAUCAACCAGGCCAAGCCCGAGUGUGGCAGGCAGACGUUGGUGGAGCUGCUCAUCAGACCCGUACAGAGACUGCCCAGUGUGGCCCUUCUUCUUAACGACAUAAAGAAGCAUACGUCAGAUGACAACCCAGACAAGAUAACGCUGGAGAAAGCAAUUGACUCUCUGAAAGAAGUCAUGACUCACAUCAAUGAGGACAAGAGGAAGACUGAAGGCCAGAAGCAGAUCUUUGAUGUUGUCUAUGAAGUGGAUGGCUGUCCUGCUAACUUGCUCUCGUCCCAUCGCAGCCUGGUCCACCGGGUAGAAACGAUUGCCCUGGGAGACCAGCCUUGUGACCGAGGAGAGCACGUCACACUCUUCCUCUUUAACGACUGCUUAGAGAUCGCGAGGAAGCGGCACAAGGUGAUCAAUACAUUUAAGAGUCCGCUCGGACAGACAAGACCACCGCCUCCGUUCAAACACAUCACACUGAUGCCGCUGUCCCAGAUCCGCAAAGUGCUGGACCUGCAGGACACAGAGGAGUGUGUGAAUGCGUUCGCCUUGGUGGUUCGCCCUCCAACUGAACAGGAGAACUUGUUGUUCAGCUUCCAACUGGCCGGGGAGGAAACGGUUAAAAGUGCCUGGCUGCGAACUCUGUGCCGCCAAGUCGCCAACACCAUCUGCAAGGCUGAUGCGGAAGACCUGAUUCAGAGCACAGACCCAGACUCACUUCAGGUCAGCACCAAGGAUAUGGACAGCACCCUGAGCAAAGCCUCCAGGGCCAUCAAGAAGACCUCUAAAAAGGUGACCAGGGCCUUUUCCUUCACCAAGACCCCCAAGCGUGUGAUCCAGAGGGCGUUCAUGGCCAACAAUACUCCUGAUGAGAAGAGCCAGAGGUUGAGUUGUGAGAACCGCGUCGGCAGCAGCUCCACGCUGGCUGCACACCACUCCCCCUCCAUGGUCAAUCUGCCGUCCAUGUUUGAGAGGAAGUACCACACAUUCAGUCGUUCCACCACCCACCUCUUCUGAGACACCGCUGCCCGGGGGCCGCCGCGCAUCUUUCCACCUCCUCUGUAGUCGACUGCCGCUCAACAGAAAGACCCGGCUGGACAGGUGUGUGCUGUCCUACGCGUUAGCUACCUGUCAAUUACUGGCAAAUUGGCCUUUGUCCGUACUGGAGCUAGAGCUCCUCUCUCUCUCUCUUUUCAAAUCCAGAGGAAUUGGCGUUAGGCCCCAUUUGGAAAAGAAACCUCACUAAAGAAUAGUCCAGCUCCCGUUUGAGUGUUUCAUAGCUGAGACCUGGGCUAAGACGGGUUGAAACAAUAAACCAGUUGUUCAUCAGCCCCAAGCCCAACAUAUGAUGCAGCUGGAGCUGACGCCUCACAUCCAGCAAACAGUUUGAAGCGUCUCUUCCAAACAUGCGCGCUGCUUUAAAUGAGACUGAGCUAACCAGGAGCUAACCAGGAGGAGCUACCUGGAGGAGCUACCUGGAGGAGCUACCAGGAGGAGCUACCCGGAGGAGCUACCUGGAAUGGUGCUGCACCGUGCAGGGGGCCACUGGCGUGACAUCAGCUCUGUGAUGUCACGCCUGCGCUGUCCGUAAACGAUGAAGGAUGCUCUGCUUUUUGCCGGGUACUGUUAAUGGAUUGUCUCGUCACGAUUGAUUUGUGUCUUUUGUUAAUGUCCAGAUAAACGUUGAGUGUUAAUACGUUCAGCUUCCUGGAGGAAGUAAAUGAACGUUUCCUUUUCGAUGAUUCUGUAUUUCUGUUGAACACAUGCAGGUUGAGCUCUGGCGUUUGUUGCUUUCACUCGAACAUCAGUCUUUACUUUGCUCUGUGCGGGACUUUAUAACUGACAUGUUUUAUUGGAGUGGGGUAGACUUCAUUUCACCUGGAAUAUUAACUUCACUUCCUAUAAUCAACCCACCAUCGACAUUUAAACUUUUGAUAGUUUCCAGCUUUUAUAAAGCUUCUGUUUUAACAUGUGAGAGAUUGAGUUGAAUAAAAGCACUUGUGCUCUUGUUCCCUGUCCACGUUUUUAGACCCUUUUACAGCGUUUUAGAAGGAAUGCUGCACCACUGUACAUAUUUAUUAUUGAAGAAUACUUUUUUCUCUCUUGCUAUUUAUGGUUUCCACUUUCAUGUCUGUUCUUCCUCUAAUUCAGUUUCAUUGAGCGUCUUUUAUCUCCUGUUUCAUCUCUAUUAAAUGCACUUAAACAUG